AUGAUUACUGUGGACAGCCGACUCACUAGUUAUCUGUACAGUGUCAGUGAAACAGAAAUUGAAACCGCUACGAAUCUCGAAGUUCAGCUAUCUUGGAUCAGUAAUUCUUUCUCUGCCAACGUCUUCCAAUUGAAAAAUCCGCGUCAGGUAUGGUGUAUUACUAUUAACUCACUUUUCUAUCUAAAGUAUAUGUUAAAAGUAUACAAAAACUUGACUGUGAAUGUAUUACUUAGCAUCAUUAAUACAUACUCGCUACUUCAAUUCAGUUCUGGGGUUUCUGGCGGGCUUAAUUAUUGACAUGUUCAAAUUUGUGAUUCCUUUUAAGUUUUUGAUUUAUUAAGAGGCAAUUUUUUUCAAUGUCACGUAUUUGCAAUGAAAAGUGUUCAAAACCUAAAAUCUUUUUGGCGUUCCUCUCAAAAUUACUUUGUUUUAGCUUUAUUCUUUAGUUUAUAGAGUUAGAAACCUUUUUAAAUGCAUCUGCCGGUUGAGAAACAUAAAAUAAUAGUUAAAAAUUGUCAAUUAAAAUACAAUUAUCAAUGAUACUUUAAAAUUAACGCCAUAUUUACAGCCAUAUAAGCAAAACUUACUGAACUUCAGACAUCAUUUUUCUUUGGCGUGUCAUCUAAAAUCUCGUCAUUUUAGCAUUAUUUUACAGAUAAAGCACUAAAUAUACUUUUUAAGUUUGUUUGCCAAUUGAGAAACGUAUCGAAAAAUAGAAAUUUUGAAUUUAGUCAUAACCUCAAGUAGUAUAAUAAUUAUACGCAUUAGUUUUGAGCGCUUGUUACGUGACAUACAAAAAAACUCCUCUUAAUUGUUCACUAUAAUUAAACAUUUCAAAUGAUCUUCAUGAUCGAAAUGAUUUUAUUGCGUAUGUUAUAUACUUUGUUUCUUUCGAUUUGUUGAAACAUUUGAUCAGCUAUUACCAGUGGUGCCUAAAUUGCUUUGAAUUUGUACUCGAGUAAAAGUAGAACUAUUUAACAUUAUAUAAUAACUACAGUAAAAUACGCAAUUUGAUUGGUCAAUAGCCGUGCAGGAUCCGGCUAUCCUGCACGAGGAAUUAAAAUGUCUUCGCGGGAUUCUCAAAAUGACAUUGUUUCACUGUACAGUAUUACUGUUAAGUGAUUGCCCAGCUAUUUGAUUCAGCGUCUACAAUAUGUCCUUAAUGCGGCUGCCAGAGUUAUAUCCUUGUAGAACAGCGCAUUAAUUUCAAAAUUUUAUUAUUUACGUACAAGAUAGUUAAUGGUUCAGCACCAUCUUAUCUCGGUGAUUUGCUGGUACGUAAGUUCCAAGGAGGGCUCUUAGAUCUGGAGACAAAGGUUGUUUACCAUUUACAUGGGAAACCCAUCCGGUUUGAAAUUGUGCUAAUGGUAAACAAAGUUUCGGAUAGAAAAUCCCAUUCGGAUUAUGCGCUUUCCAUUUAGAGUGACUGACCGGAAGGCACUGAAGUAUUUAAUGAUUCCAAUUGUUAAAUCGAGAAGAGCCUGGAACUGGUGAAAAAAUAAAAAAAAGAUGUAAAUGGAACAAAAUUUACCGGUUGAGCAGUCGAAAUAUGCUUGGUCCAUUUACUUUCCGUAUGGAAUCACCAGAAUUUCCAUGUAAGUGGUAAAAACCAAGCUGCUUCUCUGCCAGCUAACAUACCGCCUUAAAUCGUUUGGUUUUAGAGCAUUUUCGGUUUGUGCAGCAGCUCUAUGGAGCAAUCUGCCAAUUGAAAUCAGGCGUAGUCCUACUGCGGAUAUUUUAAGCCAAAAGUUAAGACACAUCUUUUUAAUCUUGUGUAUUAUUAAUUUAUUAACAUUUUUAUAUCAUUAGUCACUAGGUUUUUAAACUGCAUGUAUAUUUGUAAAGCGCAUUUGGGCAAUUUUGGAGAGUGCGGUAUGUGAAAUUGGAAAUAUUAUUAUUAUUAAUUACAUGCUAAUCCUGCAUGCUAGUAAAUGGACCUUCUCUAUUGUAUUUCUCCAUAUAAACAUUCACGGGCAUCGUGGACAUUCUAGGGCAUCAACUAUUUCGCUGACCUCAGAAUGAAAUUUCGUCAAAACAUUUUUCUUCAAGAUUCGCUUAGAAACAAAUUUGGAGUAGGGUUAGGUUAGGGUUAGGGUAAGGAUUCGGGUUAGUAUUAGAGUUGGUGUUUGGAGUAGGGUUAGUGUUAGUAAAACUGUUGCUUUGUUACGUUUUGUCACUUUGAGGCCAGCGAAAUAAUCUGUUCCCUGUUCUAGUGGACUGAUUUGUCUUAAGCCGGUGCUUCCACUUUUCAUCCCUCCAGAAACAUUCUCUUCAAAUCUGUGCAGUCGGUCUCAAAACGUUUUGUUUUGAAAGACCAAUUGCAGUGCUUAAAGGGCAGUCACAUACAUAUAAGCUUGCAUUGGGAAUGCAAAUGAAUUUUUUUUCACAGUCGGUCUGACUGUCACAUACGGUCUGUAUUACAUAUUACGAACGAUCGCCGGCUUUUGACGAAAAUUAUUAAUGUCAUCUAUAAUCUUAACAUUAUUCAAAUGAACCAUCUUCUUUAAUUAGUUGUUGAAUGUCCUUCACAAAUAUCGCGUCAUUUUUUUUAUGUUACCAGGGAACGAUGUCAAAAAUUGUUCUGUUAAUCGUUAUUGUCUCCAGAAACAUUCUCUUCAAAUCUGUGCAGUCGGUCUCAAAACGUUUUGUUUUGAAAGACCAAUUGCAGUGCUUAAAGGGCAGUCACAUACAUAUAAGCUUGCAUUGGGAAUGCAAAUGAAUUUUUUUUCACAGUCGGUCUGACUGUCACAUACGGUCUGUAUUACAUAUUACGAACGAUCGCCGGCUUUUGACGAAAAUUAUUAAUGUCAUCUAUAAUCUUAACAUUAUUCAAAUGAACCAUCUUCUUUAAUUAGUUGUUGAAUGUCCUUCACAAAUAUCGCGUCAUUUUUUUUAUGUUACCAGGGAACGAUGUCAAAAAUUGUUCUGUUAAUCGUUAUUGUCUUGACGUGUAUUUCCACCGAAACCGCUGCCCAAGUGAUCUGUGUUAAUCCGAUGAAAAUUAGCGAACUUCGAGUUUUGAAGUCAAAGAAAUGUAUUAACAUAGCUGGAACAGAUGGUCGUGGAAAAAUUAAUACAAAUCUCUGUGACGGCUAUCAUGAUCAGCAAAUUAUUAUGUGUGAAGAUGGAACGAUAAGGAAUUCAAAAGCUCCUUAUAAUUGUUUUACACCAGGCAAAGACGGAAAAGGAAAUUUGGUGUCAACUUCUUGCGAGGUAUACCCAGUCAUACCUGACUAUCAGAAGUGGAAAUAUGGAAGGUCAAAAACCUUCGUAGACAGAGGAGGAAUUCAACAAGAGGCAAGAGAAAUCAUAAACGUGAAAUCUGGAGCGUGCAUGAAUGUUCAUGGCCGUGGUGGAAAUGGUGACAUUUCUGCAUAUCGUUGCGAAAAUCUGGAUGAUCAGUACUUCUACUUCCGCUCUCGGGGUACGCUGCUGGGAUCUGGAAGACUACACGUUAAGAAAUCUAGAUAUUGUCUGGAUGUGGAAGGAGACCAAGGACGUGGCAAUGUUUUAAUAGACAACUGUGAAGACGCUGCUGAUCAGUAUUUCGAUUUUUACGAAAAUGGCGAAAUAGUCAAUAAAAAGUCCGGAUUGUGCGUCAAUAUUGGAGGUUAUAGUGGAUAUGGUAAUAUUCAGAUGUACGCGUGUGAAGAUCUGCCUGAUCAAAUGUGGAUACGACCGCGCCAGUACUGCCAUGGAGAUUAUUGUUCUUUUCGGAGUAAGAAGUCAGGACAGUGCAUAGACGUUCAUGGACGUGAAGCAAAAAAGGGAAGCAAUGUGAGGACCUACAAGUGUGAGGGGACUCCUGAUCAACGCUUUAGAUGGGUGAAUAGAAAAUGA